AUGCUAACGGCCGCAUCUAGAGAAGGGGAUCUGGAAGAUGCCAAGAGGAUAUUUGCGACCAUGCCUGGGAAGAAUCUCGUCACCUGGAAUGCCAUGUACACAGCAUAUGCCCAGAACGGGGAUAUUCCCUUGGCCAAGGACUUGUUUGAGAAGAUACCCGAGAGGAAUCUCGUGUCGUGGAACAUCAUGAUAUUUGUCUAUGGUGAGGUUGGAAACGUUGAGAAAGCUAGGCUUUACUUCGAUGAUACUCCGGAGAGGAAUAUAAUCUCUUGGAAUCUUAUGAUCGCGGCAUAUGCCCACAAGGGGUAUCCGCGAGAGGCCCAUGGAAUCUUUCACAACAUGGUUCUUCAUGGCUCUCGCAUUGACGAGAUGACGUUUUCGAGUGUUUUGGUGGCUUGCAGCCACAUCGGGCUUGUUCGCGAGGCCCGGAACUAUUUCGUUACUCUGAUUCUCGAUUUUGAGCUGACACCUCUGGUGGAGCACUACUGCUGCUUGGUUGAUGCGCUCGGCCGCGCUGGGAAGCUUCAAACUGCGGAGGAUUUGAUCGAUUCCAUGCCAUUUUCGCCCAGUGAUGUUGCGCUAGCGAGCCUGGUGAGCGCGUCGAGGAUUUACAACGAUCCCAUUCGUGAAGCUCGAGCUGCGAUGGCUCUCCUGGACGUGGAUUCCAACGAUUCUUCGGCUUAUCUUUCACUCUCCAGAGUUUUUGCUAGCGAUGGCAGCUAA